AUUUCGAUCUAAAAGUCAGUUGAAAAGAUCAACAGAUCAGAUAUACUAGCAAAAAAGUUUUUUCGAUACGCACUUUCCGGAUUUCCUGUACUCCAACCGGCAGCAACUCCCGUUUGUCCUAUCAGCCUGUUCCCGAGAGUAGUCGACCCGUUCAAGGCUGUCCCUACGAGCACACGAUGUGCGCGUGUCCCUGUUCCGGAAGGAGCCUACCACCUCAGACCAAAGACCCCGCAUCCUGCCCAGCUCCAGGUCCGGGGGGAGGUGGCGGUGGUCGCGGUGGAGCUGCUGGUGGUCCUGCUGGUGGUCCUCCCCAGAAGCGACAACCCUGUGGUCCCAAGCCUUGCGGCGGAACUAAGUGCACUAAAUGCGGAAAAAACGGGAAGGACGGCAAAGGUGGCCCUGGUGGCAAAGGCGGUCCCAGUGACAGGGGCGGACCAGGCGGUGGCUCCGGCGGACCCUCAGGUCUAAGGGCGCCACCGAACAAUCGAGGUCCCGCGGCUCUGGGAUUAGCUGCACUGCUCUUUGCCUUCGGUGUCUUCGUUACAAUAAAACUGGGUAUUGUGGCCAAUGAAAUCGGAUGAACCCACUCGGGACGGGAUUGGCCUAGUCUAAGAUCUCACUCAAGACCGUUUAUUAACAAAGGCAUUGCAUUGAUUUGGGGAGGGUACAAAUAAAAUUCCAAAUUGCUUUUUAAA